AUGCCUUCUACAGAGUCAACCCCGCUCCCGGAAUUACCCGGAGGAUUGUCUCCAUACAUCCUUCACAAGACUUUGGUUUCAUGCGGUAAAUACCAAGGACUCGGCACCAUCACCUACAUCGAUCCCCGGGACGACACCCAAACCCAGCGAGAACGAGACUACAUCUUCCUCCGGAACCGCAACCCACACACCCCAGUCGGAACGCUAAUCCCCAACAUCUACAAGAACAACCAAAAUCAAUGGUGCACCAUCCUAGUGCAACAGUUCCGGCCGCAAUACGAGUCCGACACGAUCGAAUUCCCCGCCGGCUUCAUCAACAACAAAACCAAGGACAACAACAACAACCGCACGGACGCCGACCCAGUGGAAACGGCCAAGCAGGCAGCGGUGCGGGAGCUCGAGGAAGAGACCACCAAGACGGGCACCGUGCUCAGCACGAGCCCGCCGCUGACCUCGGGGCCCGUGCCUGUCGCGGCGCGGCUCGCGGCCGUGUUGGUGCACGCGCGGGAUAAGGAGGGGGAAGAGGCGGGCCGGCAGCGUCUCGAUGAGGGCGAGUUUGCGGUCGAGGUGCAGGAAACCACGAGGGUAGCAACCAGAACCACCAAGCUGAAAAUCACAAUCCCGCUCGACACAUCCUGGAUCGUCUUCAAAGGCUGCAACGAAUCCGUAGCCAGCCCAACCUGCAACGUCGACAGCACCGUGUUACAAAACGCAAACCGGCUUGACAAACAACCUCCGCGACCGCGGACACCACACCAGGUGCAGGUCGGCGCGCGAGGUCGGCGCGAUGGCCCGCCCCAGCUCGUGCACCUGCCGGUGCAGCGGGCGCGCGGGGAACUGGCGGCCGGCCCACCACAGGUGCGCGUAGACGGUGUCAAGGCGGGUCAGGGAGAGGUCGGUGUGGAGGAAGGUGCGGAGGUGGGGGGUGGUGGGCAGGAGUUGGGAGGUGGUGGGGUCGAGGAAGAUUGUGGGGAGGGUGGUGGUGAGGGGUGGGGUGGUGGUGGUGAAGGGGAGGGGGGGUUGGGGUUGGGGGGGGUUAAGGUUGUUGGUGGUGGUGGUGGUGGUGGCUGCCAGUGGAUGAGUUCGUUUUCGGGGGUGAAGGGUGGCGGUCGGGUGGGGAUGUCGGGGGCUGGUUUGUGA